AAAAUAUAGGCCUAACAUUACACCGUUUCCCAAUGUCCAUAAAUACCUCUUCAUCAUCUUCAUGAAUCAACACAAUCAAGAAGAAACUAAGCUCACACUCUACAAGAGAAAUCAACAGCUUGUAACCAUGGUGUCCCAAAAAAUUCACUCAGUCCUUCUAGCCAGUCCUGGCAUAGGACACCUAAUUCCCACCAUUGAAUUAGGCAAACGUCUUACCACCCACCAUAAUUUCGACGUAACCAUCUUCGUCGUCACAACCGCCACCUCAGAUUCAGACAAAACAAAAUCACAUAUACUUCAACAAAUAUCAAACCUUAAUAGCCUCGACAUCAUUGUAACACCUCCUGUCGAUGUCUCCGACAAACUUGACCCAAACAAUCCAUCCUUAGGAUUACAAAUUGUUUUAACAAUGAUUGAAUCUCUUCCUUUUAUUCGCUCUGAAAUCCAAUCUAUGAAGAAUCCUCCAUCUGUUCUUAUCGUGGAUAUCUUUGGUACUGCAGCUUUUCCCAUGGCACGUGAGUUGCAUAUGUCUAGUUACGUUUUCUUUGCAACCAAUGCUUGGUUCACUGCUGUUAACAUAAACCUUCCUUUCAUCACAGAUGAAGCUUUUUCACGCCAUGCUAAAAAUCAUGAACCGCUUUCGAUUCUUGGUUGUGAACCGGUUCGGUUUGAGGAUACCCUUGAAACAUUUGUUGCACCUUGGGGACCUAUUCAUAAAAGGUACGUUGAGGUCACAAGGGAAAUAAUAGCCAUCGAUGGAAUUUUGGUGAACACGUGGCAUGAUCUGGAGCCGGGAGCUACUAAGGCGGUUAUUGAAAAUGGGGUUUUAGGAAGGUUUGUGAAAGGACCGGUUUAUCCGAUUGGACCGCUUGUAAGAACUGGUGAACCGGAGAAGGGUGGUGACAGUGAAAAUUUAAUUUUGAGUUGGCUUGACCAACAACCGGCUGAGUCAGUGAUAUAUUUGUCAUUUGGAAGUGGUGGGACCAUGUCGAAAGGUCAGAUGAGGGAGUUGGCUUACGGUUUGGAGCUGAGUCAACAACGGUUUAUUUGGGUGGUGCGGCGGCCCACAGAGGACAAUGCAUCCGCAACGUUUUUCAACAUUGCGGGUGCAGAUGGAACAAUUAUGGUAGAUUACUUGCCGAAGGGGUUUUUGAAUAGGACAAAAGACGUAGGGCUUUGUGUUCCCAUGUGGGCCCCUCAAGCUGAGAUAUUGAAACAUCCUUCAACGGGUGGUUUUUUGACACAUUGUGGUUGGAAUUCUGUGUUGGAGAGUAUUCAUAACGGUGUUCCAAUGGUUGCAUGGCCGCUUUAUGCUGAGCAGAAGAUGAAUGCAACUAUGUUAUCAGAGGAGCUUGGUGUGGCGGUGAAAGCGACAAAAACGGUGGCAGAGGGUGGUGUUGUUUGUAGGGAAAAGAUAGCGGAGGUGAUUAGAAAAGUGAUGGUGGAUGAUGAAGGUGUAGCUAUGAGAGUUAAAGUUAAGGAGUAUAAGGUAAGUGGAGAAAAAGCUUUGUCCGUGUUUGGUUCUUCUCAUGAAUCGUUAUGUAAGAUGGCAAAAGAUUGUGAACUUCAUCUCCACCAUGGAUCUGAGGCCAAAGGUCGGGGUGCUUAAGCAAUAAUUAAGACAUUUUUUUGAAAAAGCAAUAAUUAAUUAAGACAUUGUUUUUCGUUUAUAUUUUAUUUUUAUGAUAAAGACGUGUAUUUUAAUUUAAGAUAAAUUUUUUAUUUAAAUUUGCUUA